AAUAAAAAGAAAACAAGUAAAUAGAAUAGAAAGAUAAUAGAGAACACUAGUGUACCAUUUAGACAAAUCAGACCCUGCUAGAGACAAAGAGUCGUAAACUUUCCCUCCAGAAGUGCAAGUCACUAUUGGCUCUUUGACCCCCGAGAGGUGUGACCUCAAUAGAAGAUAAAGGCCUCACAUCAGUGACCCACCUUCAGUCUGUGGUUCUGUUAGAUUCUGAGAAGAUGAGGAUGUGAGCAAGAACUGUUCUGCAACCCUUAAGUCUGCACCAGGCUUCGGCCUUGUCUUUACAUUCACCAACGAUCCUUGGAUCUCACCUGAUGUCUCUCUUAGCUCUUUAUCACCUUCAUCUGGGAGAAAACUCUCCCAAUCACCACCGAGCCAGAAUAACAUCUCUUGGAGUUCAUUACCAUUCAAAACUGCAAGAAUGUGAAGAACUCCUACACCAACAAACCAUCAAAACAUUUAUUCGAGGCUGCAUCCGGACACUCGUUCAAUGACCAAGGCAAUGCAAGUAUAUCGUACACUUAAGUAAACGAAACAAGGGUUUAGGAUAUGUAAGCUGUAGACCCCGUCAUAAAACGGCACUGAUGGUUUCACUCAGGUGGUUAACUGACUCAUUUUCCAUAACUGCAUUCUCUGGUUUCUCUAACAGUUUCAGUCAUCCACUUCCAACCUCCCCAUGAAUGAGUGAUUUGUGUGAUUGUUUGUUUGUCUAGAUUAGUUAUGUGUUAGUGUAGUUUAUAAAACUAUUGUGCACAAAUUACAUGAGUUUCUUUUUCUGUUACUGCUUGUGAGUAGUGUCCAUUUUACAAUCCAAUCUAUAGCUACAUUCUCUAAUGCAUUACUGCAAGAAAGUUAUUUUCUGUGGCCAACUCAACUUUCUUAGAGUUGAUAUGAAAUUAUACUGAAUGUUCACUGGACGAACAGAUUAGUUGAUUGUAAUAUUAAUUCUACUACAGUUACUUCUGUCACUGUUAUGCUGCUGCGUUGGAAUGAGGAACAUGGAAUCGAAUUAGUGUCCACUUAACAAGCUUUAAUAAAUCAAAAAGCAGGGAACAUAGGGACCGCAGGAGACUCAAAAUGAUGUUACCACUGGACAAAGGAACUCAGGGAAGACAAGACUUUAAAUACACAACUUAACGAGGAACGCAAUGAGACACACCUGAAAUCAAUGAACACAAUCAACACGCGGGAGAAACUAUGUCACAGGGAGCGCAGGGGGAGAAAAACACACAAAGACAACUACUGGCAGCUGAGUUCUCCUCCUGCACCGUCAUCUUGUUUUCACUACUUCAGAUAUAAUCAAGGCUGGCAAGAAUUACACCAAAGCAUAUGAAAACAUCAUCCUUCUUUGCCCAAAGGAGAAGGUCAGAAUUGGAACCUGCUUGGUCAAUUAUUUAAGAUGUCACUAUAGGAAAGACUGUGGCAGGGAGUACAUGUUGAUGAAACUCAUUUGUUCAGGGUGAAAGAAGUCAGAAAGGAGCUAAUGGCUGGAGUUGGGCUUCUCUCCACACAAUGUGACAUGAAAGUCUCCCUCCCCGCAUAUUUAAAAAUUCAAACGGGUCAGGAUUAAAAUUUAAACACUGCAGACUUGAGAAUCUAAUCCACUGAGGGAUGAAAGUCUGGGGAGCGUUCCUGAUCUGCGGUCCUCAGAGAGUGAGCUCAAACCAGAGCAGUCAUGCUCAUGAGCACCCAGACUGCCAAGAAGGGGGUAAUGAAGCCAGCCUUCUGGUGUCCCCUCUGGUGGUGGCUGGCAUCGUCAUCGGCCUGGUGCUCUUCCUCUCCUGUGUCACCAUCAUUGUGGGCAGUCUGCGCAAAGACAGCCGCCUGCGCAACCCCCACCUGCGUGCCAGCUACGCUCCAGAUGGCCUCUCAUAUGGUGGCUCCAUUGGAGAGCUGAGGUCCACUUGUGUUGAGGACUUUCCCCCUGCAUUUGACUUUGACUCCUACGUGGAGACGCUGUCUCAUGUCAACGUCAUGUACCCAGACUCCCCACCUCAUUAUGAUGAAUGUGUGGGACAAGGGACGCAGAUAUAUGUUCCUACGGACGAUCCGCCCCCCUACUCCCUCACAGACCCGUGCCGGGAGCAUCCCGCCCCACGCCGUCACAGAGAGAUGGAGGAUCUGCUCGCUGGGGCUUCUUGGGUGUCAGCAAGUGGCUCUUCCCAUUACCCAACCAGACUACAGGACUUCAGGCACCAGCCAGUCGCCUCCAUCUCUUUGUCAGCCUUACCUUUAGAUGAGGCGCCCCCAUACGAGGCAGUAGUGAGUGAACAAAACCAGCCUCUUCCUCUGAUGCCCCUGGAUCUGCUCAAACACACUACAGCGGACAGCAGUCCUCAGGACAGCGUUUCCCACAGGACCCUGUAAUCCUGGCCUCUGCAGCAUACUCAUGCAUCACCUGUACCAAACCAGCUUUGAGAGGGACUCUUUUGUGUGGCUGGGGUCUCCUGAGUCAAGAGCUGAAGCUGACACCUGCACAAGCCCACAAUUACCUCUCACUUAAGCCGACACAGAUACUGUACCUCCUGUUUUAUGUGACACUGUGGGAGCCACCAUAAGAGCACAGGGCUAUCAACCACUUUUUUGUGCAACACAUCACCUUGUCUUUUGCUUAUGGUAUAAUUAAAUGUCAGCGUGUGUCUUCUCUUACUGGUAGACUGAUAGAUGAUUUCAAGCAUCACAGCUAAUUUCAACAACCAUGGAAAUGUGCCCUUCUGGAUGCCAGAAAAGAGCAGAAAGCAGCUCAAUAAACCUGGGACCAUAAUAGAGAAAUUUGCAUAGGAAUAGAAAUUUAUCUUUGUUUUUAGUGUGAAAAUGUGUGUUCCUGCAUGAGUGACUUUAUUUCCACAUGACAGUCUAUUACAACUUCUCUCUCUCUCUCUCUCUCUCUCUCUCUCUCUCUCUCUUCAAAUUUUGGGUUGGUUUUAACUAUUUUAGUUUUGUAAACUGUACGUUUUUUUUUUUAAGAUAAUGUUUUGUAAAUUU